GCAGACGAUACGCCUUUAAGGCCGGCGAGAGGGUGGAGUCUGGAGGCGCCGUGAAACCGCUACAUCUGCUGAAAGUGACCAGAGCCGGGAGUUUUGCUUAACACCUGUACGGUACAGUCCACACAGGGAGUGCGGAUGACGGACUGAUUGACUGACUGUCUGGGAACCAGGCCCGUUCAGCUUUUCCGUGGGGGUUGUCAAGGGAGAGACCGCCUGAAGCAGCAGCACUGUCUUUUGGAUAAGGAGCCCGCGACCUUUAUUUGAUUCUCUGCCCACCAUCAGCAACCGCCUCACCCUGCUCUCUCAGGCCGAAUUUGUAACCAGCAGCCAGGAUGGCGAUGAUACGCAGAGUCACAUUGACUUGCCUCCUUUCGCUUAUCUGCUACAUUACAGUGGAAGGCGACACCAGCAACAGCACUGCAUCCACGGGAGGGACAAAUGCCACAGAAUUGACUCCUGUGACGUCCAGGUCAUCAUCCAGCACCAUUACAGUAGUGGAAUCGCAGACAAUUAAACACAUACCCACUUCAAAACCAAGUACAGUUGACAAGAGCACUACCUCAACACCCAGUUCUGCCUCUGAGGUAACUGCAGUGUCUACCACUGUUCCAAUAUCUGACACAAGUCUUUCAGCAAGCUCCCCACUUAUUUCAAUGACCAGUGUAACAUCAUCUUCAACCAGAGAAAAUACAACAACAACCGAAGCACAAACCUCUUUUUCAAAUGCAACGUUUGCUCCCACGUAUUCCCCAGUUAACAUGACAGUUGCAACAGCAGGGGCUUCAACUCUUCAAACGGUAGCCACAGCUGAGAUUCCAACAAACACCACAGAAAAUACCACCCAAAGUUCAAUCCCAGAACACACAACCACCGCCGCCACACCUCAUAAUGCAUCAACCAGCCUACCAGCUACAAGUGGAGAAAUUAAUGUUACUAUGGCAACAGUCUUUUCCACCACUGAAAGAUCUACGUGGGUUCCAAUGAACAUUACGUCAACCAACACAUCUGCAAACAGUGAAGCCAGCACAAAUGUUACAAUGCCAGCAACUGCUACAGUGUCAAUGAAUGCUACAGUGCCAAUGAAUACUACAAGUGAGGCAAUGACUCAGAGUACAGAAUUUUCCAAUUCUACUUGGUCGACAACCCAGCCUCCAAAGACCAUGACUCCACAGCCUACAGAUCAUUGCAAAAAUGCAAUCUGUCCUCCAAGCAGUACUUGUGUGAAUCUGUUUCAGACGUAUAAGUGUCAAUGUUCCCCUGGGUUCUUUGAAAAGGAAAAUAGCUGUGUAACAGCGAGAAUCUUCCCAGGAAUCUUGCACUUAACAAAAAGCAAUUUUACGGACGACAUGAAUGAAAUAAACUCAAAGGCAUUUUAUGACACUGCAAAAGAAAUAGAGAAAGAGAUGGCGAUCCUUUUCAAAAACGACAGUUCCUUCUACAAAUCUGUUGUUCGGAAGCUUGGAAAAGGAAGUGUUAAAGCCUUUUUAGACAAUAUUUUUGCAUUUUCUUCCAACGCAACAGCGAACUCUGUCACCACACAUAUCAGAUAUGGUAUCAAAAAUUGUGCAUCCUGUAAGCUAAUAUCGCCUUCUGACUCUUAUACUAGCCAAACCGUAUGCAGCCUGAACCCUUGCGAUAACAGCACCUCACAAUGUAAUGAAAGCAAUGGGAUUGUUACCUGCAACUGUCUGUCCGGCUACUUCAAGUUUGCUGCUUCUGAUUCAAGCUGCAAAGCCUGUCUAAGUGGAUUUAAGCUUGAAAAUAGAAAGUGUGUGAAGUGUCCAUUUGGUUAUGGAGGAUUUAACUGUGAUAAAUCAUAUUUACUGGCAGUUGUGGUGAUCUCCUGUGUACUGGGUGGUAUCCUCUUCCUCUUGUUGUUGGCCCUAAUUGUAACCUGUCUCAGGUCCAAAAGUGGUUCUUGCAGUUCCGCAUCAGGCUCUCACGACUAUGUCAUGUGGCCCAAAUCCGAGAUGCCGAAGAUUCCCCGUGCCACUAUGCACUGGGAUGGUAAUCAGCUUGAAAUGCAAGAGAAUGGAAGCACCAGCAGUUUAAAUGAUAUCCAUCGAGAUGCUGGGAGAACACCUGAAAAAAAUGAUGACCUGAAGACCUUUAAAGGGAAGCAGCAGUCUCGGUACACCUAUCUCUGCCAGGGUCAAGAGAAUCCAUAUUACGUCAGUGAUGAGAAAAAACCUGAAUAUUUGUAAAUGGAGCCGGAUUGAUUUUUAGAGGGUGAAACAGAUAUUCUUUCAACUAUUGAGAAUGUUUGUGCUUCUGUGCAGGUCGCAUAGCAAGUGUAAAGGGUAGGGAAGGGGGAAGUAAAGGUGGAAUUUUGUACGAAUUUUUUAAACCAAAUUCUUGGGACGUAUUUCUGUAGUGAGGCAACUAUGAAACAAAAACCUUCAACUUAGUAUUUAAAAAUUAAGACUCCAAUUUUCCUGGCCAUUAAAAUGUCAGACGAGGGAGUUCAAACUUCCGGCAUUAACCUAUUGGAACAUUACCUUUGCCUCUCUUCCUAACACUGUAAUAAAGCAGAUUAUUCUUCCAAAUUUAACCAUGCAAAGCCAGGAGGAGCACAAAGACU